AUGAUAUCAAUACCAAAACUGCAAACCACAGCGCUGGUGCUUUAUGCGCACCUUUUGGGCGCCGCAAGGGGCGAGGCGAAGCUAAUCUCAAACCGGGAGUACUUUUACGUCGGCGGCGAGUACACCAACAUCACGAUUGGGAACACAACAGCACAAUACAUGAUCAACCAAAUCUACGUGGAAAAGCUCACACCCGCAUCACCCACCAACAAACCACCGCUAGUUUUCAUUGCCGGAAACGGCCAAACAGGCACCAACUUCCUCGAAACACCAGACGGCCGUCCAGGCUGGGCCUCUUUCUUCCUGUCUCAUGGCUACACCGUGUACCUGAGCGACCAGCCGAUGCGCGGGCGCUCAGCCUGGAAUCCGUCGCUGGGCGCCAUCAACAUCGGCAGCACAGCACUCGUACAGCGCCUCUUCACCAACUUCCAAGCAACCGGGCAAUGGCCCCAAGCAAAGCUCCACACGCAGUGGCCCGGAACCGGACAGCCUGGAGACGCCAUCUUCGACAAUUUCUACGCCACCCAAGUCCAGCGGCAAAGCGACGUGCAGCUCGUCGAAGCGCAAAACGCAAAGGCCUACUCAGCACUGCUGGACAAGAUCGGCGAGCCCGCACACGUCGUUACGCACAGCCAGGCGGGAGCGUACGGCUGGCGCGCAGGCGACCUGCGACCGCAUCUGACCAAAGGCAUAGUAGCGCUUGAGCCCGCCGGCCCGCCGUUUGAAAACCGGGUUGCAAACACGGGGCCCACGCGGCCGUGGGGCAUCACCGAUCUCGAAAUCACGUAUGCGCCCUCGGCCGGCGCCAACGGCAGUCUACUGCAGAGAAGCAGGGUGCCGGCACAAGACGCCGACCACAUCGACUGCGUGCUGCAGGCGGAGCCCGCUAAGAAACUGGUCAAUCUGGCAAAGAUACCCGUGCUGCUGGUUACCACCGAGGCGAGUUACCACGUCCCGUACGACUAUUGCACCGUGGCGUAUUUGAGACAGGCGGGCGUUGCGGUGGAGCAUUUGAAUUUACCUGACGUGGGCAUUCGCGGGAAUGGGCAUAUGUUUUUCAUGGAGAUGAAUAGUGCGCGGAUUGCGGAGAAGGUGUUGGAGUGGUUGGAGAGGCAGUGA